AAAACCAAAUGACAUCUCUAGUGCGCUCGCCCACCUGCUUUGUGGUCACACUGGCCCGCCACAGUUUGCAAAUUUGUUGUAGGCGGAACAUAAAUACAAAAACAAGAACAGCUCCCAGCGCGUGCAGCACAAUUUUGCGGACAUUCGGCGAGGUCUUCCGGUCGUCGGCGUUCAGCUGCAGGUUUUUGGCGUCGCUGACCCCCAAGCCGGGCGAGUUGGGUUGGAGAAGGAGGGACAAGAUGUCAGAGCCACCGGAUGGUGGCAACAGGAAAGCGGAGGAGAAGCCGGAGAGCAAAUCAGAAAAUCCUUCCGAGUCCGAGGGGGAGAGGAGCUCCACAUGCUCACCGGAGCAAACGUGGCGCGGACAGCCGAUAGAAGCCAUACACCGGGGACUGCACCUCUUUCAACUGGAGCACCUGGGACCGGUGACGCCCAGCAAUCACCACAGAGUUCUCUACCAAACACCCAUCCGCGAGCCCCCAGAUCAGCCACCACGCCCGCACAAGGCCCCUGGCAAAUGGGACUCGGAGCAUGUGCGCUUGCCGUGCGCCCCGGAGAGUAAAUAUCCGCGGGAAAAUGAUGACGGCACCACCACCAUCGACUCCCGCUGGGAGAUGAUCGAACGCGCCCUGCUCCAGCCCAUUGAAACCAGCGAGGAGCUCCAGGCAGCCAUACUCUCGUAUAAUACCACCUACCGGGGCCAGUGGGAGUUCAGGGCGCUGCAUCAGUUGCUGGAGGAGGAGCUGGACGAGAGCGAGUCGCGGGUGUUCUUCGAGGAUCUGUUGCCGCGUAUUAUACGGCUGGCUCUGCGACUGCCGGACUUGAUUCAGGCCCCAGUCCCGCUUCUCAAGCAGCAUCACACGGCCUCGCUGACGCUGAGCCAGCAGCAGAUCGCCUGCCUCCUGGCCAAUGCCUUCCUGUGCACCUUUCCACGCCGGAACACGCUCAAACGGAAGUCGGAGUACAGCACUUUUCCGGAUAUUAACUUUAACAGACUCUAUCAGUCCUCGGGACCGGCGGUACUGGAGAAGCUCAAAUGCAUUAUGCACUAUUUCCGGAGGGUCUGUCCCACGGAGAGGGACGCCAGCAACGUGCCCUCCGGCUGCGUGACAUUUGCCCGGCGGAGCGGCAAGCCGGAGAACCAGGUGGACUGGAGCCAGAGCGCUGCGCCGUUGGGAUCGGUACCUCUGCACGUGGACGCCGCGGGAACGAUCGAGGACGAAGGCGUGGGACUGCUGCAGGUGGACUUUGCCAACAAAUAUCUGGGCGGAGGUGUACUGGGUCACGGUUGCGUCCAGGAGGAGAUCCGGUUCGUCAUUUGUCCGGAGCUGCUGGUGGGGAAACUCUUCACGGAGUGUUUGCGGCCCUUCGAGGCCCUCGUCAUGUUUGGAGCGGAACGGUACAGCAACUACACGGGCUAUGCUGGAACGUUCGCCUGGUCGGGCAACUACGAGGAUGCCACGCCGAGGGAUGCCUCGCGACGUCGUCAAACGGCGAUAGUGGCCAUUGAUGCUCUGCACUUUGCCCAGGCGGAGCAUCAGUACCGCGAGGACUUGAUGGAGCGGGAGCUGAACAAGGCGUACAUUGGAUUCGUGAACUGGGUGGUGACGCCGCCGCCGGGAGUGGCCACCGGCAACUGGGGCUGUGGUGCCUUCGGCGGCGAUCCCUACCUAAAGGCCGUGCUCCAGCUGAUGGUCUGCGCCCAGCUGGGGAGGCCCCUGGCCUACUACACCUUCGGCAAUUGCCAGCUGAGGGAUGACUUCCAUGAGAUGUGGCAGUUCUUCAGGAGCUCCAACGCCACCGUCCAGCAAGUGUGGAGUGUUCUGAGGAGCUACGUCCAGGCCAGGGAUCAGAAGAGUAUCAAGCCGAGUAAAAUGAGGCUCUACGAGUUCAUAAAGCAGGAACUGAAAAAGGGAGGAUCAUCCGGAGGAGGAGGCUCCACUGGCGGAGCAGCAGCUGGCGCGGGAGCUGUAGCGGCAGCAGCGAGUGCAACGCCUUCCGGAUCCCAGGCUUCGGGUACCAAGAAGAAGAAAACCCCUCCGUCAGUAGCCAGCAACCAAGCAAGGAACCUAGCAAGCGGUAACCAACAAAGUCCCGACAUUUUCGCUUCCCAGUCGUCUCAAGACAACUCCAACUCGUCCCAGGAUCAAGUGGCCCUUCUGCUGUCCGACGACGAGGAGGCCAAUGCCAUGAUGAUGGCCGCCAGCUUGGAGGCGAAAGCCAGCGAUGAACCAGGAACGCCGGCCAAAGCCAACAACGCCAAAGGUGGAGGAGCACCUGGUGGAGCAACUCGCCAGCUGACGCUCCUGGAAAUGCUGGACACGCACUACGAACAGGGUCAGGCCUCGAAGCGGCCGCGCCCCUCGCCCAACUGCCCGAAGGCCGGCGGCCAGGGGCCCGCGAAGAGUCGCAAGGAGAACGACGAGGAUGUGGAGGCCAGCGGCAAGUAGCUGGACUCGGGACUAAGUGAUAUUAAUGUAAAGGAUUUUAACUAAAGUAGUGCGACGGCGAGCGGGGAGGCAGUUGGUCCUUGAAAUUGUUACUUAUUUUUGAAUUUCCGAAUUAACCUUCCCUAGGAACUUAGUUUAAUUUUAUUUUUUUUUUUGGAUUUAGAAACCUAGCUAAAAUUGUUAAUUAAAAUGUAAUUACCAAAGUAAUUUUUUUUUUUUAAUACAAAUGUACUAACUAAGUAUAAUUGUUGUAACCUAAGUUAAGCUCAAAUAUUAAAUCUAUAACCAAUGUGUAGCCUAAGCUCCAAAUAUUAUAUCAGACUUAUAAAUGGAAUUUGAACUUUCUACCAUUA